CACAAGGAACGAAGACGAUCCCCAAGCUCUCGUCAUUCCCGGAAACGAUCACGAUCGCCCGACAGAUCAUCGCACAGCAAGCGAUCUCGACAAAGCGAACCGGAAAGAGGGAAGGAAAAAGAUAGAGGGAAGCAUGGCAAAUCCUCCAGUUCGUAUGUAGAUGGCGGCAGUAUCUUUUACAUUGAUAAAAAAGGCGACAAAGAUGCGUUUUUUUACGGGGAAUCCAAUAGGCGGUAGAGUGUUAGGAAUGCCUCGAUGGCUAAAAAUUGACCAUGCCAGUGCGAAGGCUGGCAAAGUGCUUGUGAUGGUUGAUACCAGGAAAGAGAAGCGCGUACAGCGGUACAUGGAUUCCAAGUAUACGUGGAUGGAGACCGACAAAGCAUUCAAGCGAGUUAACCUCAAUCCCGAGAGUAUAAACCACACCAUGGCUGGAGAUUCGGUAGACUAUAUAACCUUGGAUGAAGAAAUCAAGCUGACUGAAGAACCUAAGGCUACCAAUGCAACCGAUGCAGUUGAAGCUGACCCUAACGAAGUCGAUUACCGAUCUAUCGAAACACCUAAGAAACCUCAGGAUGUCGUUGAGGUGAAGGAGGAACAGGAGGAAAGCAUAGGCGAGAGCUUUGAAGAGUAUGUUAAACGCCGAACCAUAGAACUCAAUCGUCAGUUAGACAAGGAACCAAAUAAUGCCAAGCUUUGGCUCAGUUUCAUAGCUUUUCAAGAUACUGCCAGUGCUGGAUUAAACUCAGCAGCAGGACGAGGCACUACUGCCAAAAGCAAGGCCACCAAAGCAAGUAUAGCGGAAGUGAAACUCAGUAUAUUUGAAAAGGCAUUACAAAAAAAUCCUGGCUGUGAAGAACUAUUGCUACCAUAUAUGCGUUGUGCAUCUGAGAUUUGGGAUACCAAAACGAUCCUGACCAAGUGGGAUAGUGUGCUUGGAGAGAAUACCAAUUCCAUAUCGUUAUGGACGGAAUACGUGAAUUUUCGGCAGACCAGCUUUUCGAGUUUCACCUUCCAGCAGUGUUUGCAAGUGUUUGAGGAGUGCUUGAGCGGAUUACGCAACAUCGUACGAAGAUUGGAGAACGAUAAAUCUCGAGACACGUAUGCAGAGCGAGAAGAUGCGGAAUCUAUCAUGAUAUACAUAUUUUUGCGAUGCUGCUUAUUUCUGAAGCAAUCAGGAUACAUUGAACGUGCAUUUGGAUGCUUCCAGGCCAUCAUGGAGAUAAACCUGUUCCCUCCUCGGAUAUUUACCAUGCAGAAUCUCCAGAUUACUUUCAGUGAGAUGCUCAUGGAAUUUGAGAUGUUCUGGGACAGUGAGAUACCACGAUUCGGAGAACAGGGUGCCAAAGGGUGGCAAGAUUUCUACCGAGCCAAAAGCAAUGGAGAAUCACCAUCGGAUAUUCCAAAAGGUUAUUCUGUAGAGAACGACGAUACAGGAGUAGGAUUUGAUGAAUGGGUUAGCAUUGAAAAGAAAAAGGACUACAACCGACGCACACCUCUACGAAUCAACAAUACUCAAGCACAAGACAUCGACGAAGAUCCUUACGUUAUCGUCAUGUUCGAUGAUAUACGACCUUUGAUGUUCCAGCUGAAGACGCGGCAAAAUCUUCAACACCUCAUGUACACAUUUUUCACCUUCCUCAAUUUACCCUACAUUCCACCACAAAUCUCAACCAAUACGCCAUUUACCACCGACACAUUUACUCAUAAUCACCUGGCUGGUCCAGUCCUUUCACAAAAGUUUUGGCCACCAACGUCACAUGACACUGGACGUUUAUUGACAUACAUCGAUGGCAUAGCCAUGGAACCAGAGAGACAAACAGGCUCACCGACUCCCUUUGGAGUCCCUAGCUGCUCGUUUCCCAUAGGUGUGGAUGAACUCUUUGCCAAACACGAUCAAUGGUUUUCAUGUACUCCACAGUACCGUUUAGAUAGUCAAGUGGAUAUAAACUUUGUCCGAAACGCCUUUGAUCAGCUUUUGGCUAUUUCCGAUGAUCAACAUCUUCGACUGUGCUAUUUGUCGUUUAAUUCAUCCGUGAAUAUUAAAUGGGGAGCGAAACUGGCUAAAAGUCUUCUGAAAGACGAUAGAAAUAACCUCAUUUUGUGGAACGCUUAUGCGCAACAUGAAAAGAGUCACAACAACAUUACGGAGGCCCGAAAAGUGUACCAUACUGCACUUUCCAUGUUAAAUGGCCUUAAUGCUGCUGAACGAGCCAAUGCUCCUUUGCUAUUUCGUAUGCUGGCAGAGUUAGAGUUCGAUCUAGACCGCUUGGAGGUGGCACUCAACAUUUUACUCAGUAUGGCUGAAGACGUCCCUAGGCUUGAUGAUGAGAGUGUACCAAGUACUACUCAAGUGUUGAAAGCAAGAAACUUUUUCGCGCAAAAAAUAUCAUACCUGACGACGCUGGCCGUCACGGAACAUGAUUAUCACAACGCCUAUCAAUAUUUUGUUUGCCAAGGGCUGUUUGAAUAUCUCACACAGGGCGUUGAAGCGGCGUGUGAAGUGUUUGAAAGCCUCUGGAAAUACUAUACAGACCGGGGAGUCGAGCGGUCCAUCGACAAUGAAAUGCUACUCGUGGCGUACGGAAGAAUGCUUUAUCGCCACAGCUCGAAACGCGGCGGGUACAAACCAUCGGUCAUGCGUGAUAUGCUUACGCGUAGUUUAGAAUUAUUCCCAAAUAAUACUAUCCUGCUGUCGCUGUUUAUGUGGAACGAAGCCAGAACCAAGAUAGAGAAUCGAGUCAGGCAGCAUCUCAACCAAGCCAUUGAACGCGAUCCGAAUUAUGUUUUAUGGGAGUUUGCCAUCUAUAGUGAGCUUCAUCAUCAUGUGCCUUACAAUCCCAACAUGGUGCGCUCCCUGUUUGAAAGGGCAGUUGAAUGUCCUAGGACCCGGAGCUCCAUUGCAUUAUGGAAGAUUUAUAUUGAGUACGAACUUCGGGAGGGAAACCAUGAUCGAGCCAAAGUGGUAUUCUAUCGCGCUAUUCGAGAGUGUCCUUGGGCUAAAGAUCUGUACUUGAUGGCUUUUGACGUAUUAUACCAUGAAAUGAACGAACAGGAACUGCACCAAAUAUUAAGUUCGAUGAUGGAGAAGGAACUGCGCAUUCGCACGGCUGCAGAAGCGUUUAUGGACAUGGAAGAUUGAAGGUUCCUAAACUGCCAAAAGAGCUUUGUUUUAAAAAACACGCACACACCAUGCCUUCCAAAUGUGGCGCCUUUCUCCGUGUGUUAACUUUUCUGGUCACGGACAUGAGCUCACUAACAAU